AUGGGUAGCAUCUACAACAGACGGAUGCAAUCGCACGUCGCACCGGGCUUGCACGUGUUGGCGCAGGAGGAACUGCUCGUGGAGGAUCUCAAGGUCGCGGCCGUGGGCGUGGAGAGGCCGUUGGACGCGAUCAAUAGGGUACGUCGUCGCCGUACAGGCUUCUCUUCCCUUGCGUGCGCAAGCCGUCGACCGCAUGUUGAAGAAGAGGUGUCGGGAUGA